AUGAAUUUUGAAUUUUCUGAUGAAGAUAUCAUAUUGAUUAGGGAUUGCAACAUCCUCGGCCCUGAAGAAGGACCCGAGCCUGGGUCCCGUUGGACUUUGGUUUUUGAUGGAGCUUCUAACACUCGCAGAAAUGACAUCGGAGCAGUUAUCACCUCCCUAACUGGUUUUUACCUCCCCUUCACCGUAAGAUUAUGUUUUGAAUGUACAAACAAUAUAGCGGAGUACGAGGCUUGUAUCUUCGGUAUUGAAGUUGUUAUUGAUCUUAGGAUCAAGAUCCUUGAAGUUUACAGAGACUCAACCUUAGUAAUUAGCCAAGUCAAAGGAGAUUGGGACACUAGAUAUCACAAGCUCGUUUCCUACAAUGAGCAUGUCUUGAAACUAGUCCCUUACUGUGAUGAGAUCACAUUCCAUCACACCCCCCGGGAGAAGAAUCAGCUAGUUUACGCCUUGGCAACUUUGGCGUCCAUGUUUAAGGUCAAGUGGAAGAAUGAAGCGCCAUCCUUUCACCUCAGCUACUUGGAUGAGCAUGUUUAUUGUUUGGAGGCCGAAGACGAAAUCGAUGGUUAUCGUUGGUUCUAUGACAUCAUGAAUUUCCUAGAGUGCCAAGAAUACCCUAAGGACGCAUCCAUUACUGACAUAAAGUACCUUUAG